AUGGACCCAAACUCGACUCAGGAAGCGGACCCCGAGAAGGCGGGCCAGCGACAGAAUAACCUCACCGACACCUCCCCUGCGACAAUCGACCCCGCUUUGUCUGAUUCGUAUUCUCCCACCGAGGAGCGUUUGCUCCUCCGUCACCAAGACCUCACGAUCCUCCCUCUCUCCGCCUUCAUCUACUUCCUCUGCUACCUCGACCGCUCAAACAUAGGCAACGCGCGCAUUCUCAACUCGUCCACGCACCACGACAUGCAAACCACCAUCGGCGCGACCCAGCACCAGUUCAACGUCACCCUGAUGAUCUUCCAGGUCGGAUACGCCCUGUUCGAGGUGCCCUCCAACAUACUCCUCAAGAAACUGCGCCCAUCCCGUUGGCUUGCGUUUCUCAUGUUCUCCUGGGGAGCCAUCACCAUGGGCUUGGGCGGGGUCCAUUCUUUUCCGGAGGCGGCCGGGGUGAGGUUUCUCUUGGGGGUGUUUGAGGCGGGAUUGUUUCCCGGAUUGGUGUAUUAUCUCACGUUCUGGUACCGGUCUGAUGAGCGGAGCGUGCGUGUAGCGUUCAUCCUUUCGAUGGCGAGCCUUGCCAGCGCGUUUGGCGGUACCAUUGCGUAUGGAAUCGGGCAUAUGAAUCUGAUGAGGGGAUUGGAGGCGUGGAGAUGGUUGUUUAUCAUCGAGGGGGCGCCGUCCUGUGUUUCAGCGGCGCUCGUAUGGUGGUUGUUGCCCGAUUUUCCGGAGGAGUUCUUGAAGGGGAGACAGAAAGAUGUUGCGGUGGCGAGGUUGAGAGUGGAGGGGAGCAAGAGGAAUCAUCGGAGCAUGACGAGGCAGGAUGCAAAGAGCACACUAGCGGAGUGGAGGCUCUAUGGGCACUAUCUGAUGCAGUUUGGCCUGUCGGUACCGUUUGGCUCGCUGUCCCUGUUCGUGCCGUUCAUCACGGCGGGUCUGGGCUAUGUCGAUCUGCAGGCGCAGCUGAUGACGGUGCCUCCGUAUGCGGCGGCGUAUGUAUGCCAACUGCUCGUCUCACACUCGGCGGACCGCUUCAAUGCCCGUGGUCUGCACAUCGCCACCUUUGCCUCCAUCGGUGCCGUCGGCUUCAUGGCCGCUGCUCUCCUGCCGCCCGACGCCUACCUCCACCGCUACGGCUGUCUGAUUGUUUCCACAGCUGGAACGUUUGCUUCCGCCCCGCCUAUGCUCGGCUGGUUGUCCUCAAAUGUCCACACGACGGCGUCGGUAGGCCUGGCCAUUGCCAUCAGUGUCAGCCUCGGCGCAGGAAUAGGGUCGAUCCCCGGGAUGUGGAUUUACAAGGCCGAAGAGAGGGACAGGGGGUUCCCGACCGGCAACUGGGUGAAUGCGGGAAUGUUGUUCAUGGUCGCAAUGGUCGCUGUCGGGCUAAGGAUGUUCUAUGGGUACAAGAACAGGCAACUUGUGAGAGAGAGUUGUCAGGAGGCGAGACUGUACAAACUGUAACACGUCUCACGGAUAUCGUAUCGCGCC